AUGCGUCAUCUGGAUCUGAUACGUAUAUUAGAUGAAAGUCAGAGUCAAGCAGUACGUGGGAAAGCCGAAAUGAUGUCGGUCGAAUGUGACCGGAUUUUGGGACAGUGCCAUAGAAGGAAAAAGACGCUAAAUAAGAUACUGGAUGAAAGCCGAGCAUGGGACAAUUUGCGUAAUGCACUUAACAUCUGGCUUACCGAAGUCCAGGAAAGGGUAACCAGUGGAAGUAAGAUUGAUGCAGCGAACGAGGAAACUUUAAAGCAAGAGCUAAAAGAGAUCCACGAAGUAGCUGGGACGAUUGACGAGAUGAAACUGAAAAUGGAUGAGCUGAAUAAACGUGGUAAUGCACUGCUCGACCGUUAUCGUGCUGACGAAGGCCAUAAUCUGUCACAUGCUACGUCAAAGCUGAAUACAUUGUGGAGUAAAUUUAAUGAUAAUGUUCGUAUUCGCCGUGCAGUACUGGAAGCAGCUCUUCGAGCACGAAAUGAUUUUCAUGCAGCGCUGGAGCAGCUGGAAACGUGGAUGGAUGGCGUGGAUGCGUCAUUAACGCAACUAAACGAGGCAACAUCGAAUAUCCAAGCACUCAAGGAUUCCAUCAAACGUAAGGGAUGGAUCGAAGAUGAAAAGAAUGUCCGAGUUGAUAUGGAUGCUCAUCGGGAUGUCAUUCGUUCGGUGGAAGAUAUGGGCUCGCAACUGAUACAUCGAGUUGAGGAUUCCAAAGAACGGGAACGACUUGGCGAACGACUGAGUCAUGUCAGUAUCCGGUGGAGACAUCUUGUUGGACUUGCUGAUGCUAUCAGGUUGCUACUUUUCCAUCUCACAUACCUGUAA